GCGCUUAGCCCCUCCCAGAGCCUUUUGUACAAAAGGCUGCUUUGCGAAUCCCAGCUGAGCUUUGCUCUCGGACGCUCGCAGGAGAGGCGAGGAGGCUGAGGAGCAGCUGGGAAGACGUGGGACCUUUCCUCCUCUGCUGGAGAGUGGCUGCGAGCCUCCAUCUGUUUCGAAGCUCUUGCGGCAGCGGCCUGCUUGGGGAGGUGUGGCGUGCCUCUCUCCACAGCCUGCAUUUCUUUGGCCUCUCAGAGACCCCCAAGCCCAGGCCAUUGGUGGGGUGGCUGGCGGGGUGGGCCCAUCGCCAUGGCGUUCACCAUGCUGAGACCCAUGGCUGCCCACGUGCUCUACCCAGACCUGAGCCUGCUGUCGGAGGAGGACGAAGAGAACCGCAGCGAGAGCGACGCCUCCGACCGGUCGUACGGCUGCUGCGACGGCCGGCGCAAGGUGGCCCGGAAGCCCGGGCAGGUGGUGGUGGUGAAGCAGCGGCAGGCGGCCAACGCCCGCGAGAGGGACCGGACCCAGAGCGUCAACACGGCCUUCACGGCCCUCCGCACCCUCAUCCCCACCGAGCCCGUGGACAGGAAGCUCUCCAAGAUCGAGACGCUGCGCCUGGCCUCCAGCUACAUCGCACACUUGGCCAACGUCCUGCUGCUGGGCGAGGGCGGCGAGGAGGGGCAGCCCUGCUUCAGCGCCCUCUACGGCACCAAGGGCGAGAUGGAGGGCAAGCAGCCCAGGAGCAUAUGCACGUUCUGCCUCAGCAACCAGAGGAAGGGGGUGAGUCUCUCGGCCCCAGGAGGCUCCCAAUUUCUGGGGCAGCCGGCGGGAGCUUGGUGGGGGGCACUGCUUGAAGGCUAGAGGGGUGAACCACCUCAAGGUGCUACGAAGGUGAGCUGUGGCUGAGACGACUGUCGGUCCAAGAAGCCAAGCCAAGGUGGGAUUCAUGCCUCGGACGGCUCGAGUUUGAAUGUCCUGACUGGGGCAGGGGGGUGGGGGUGAUGGAAACCAGGGGUGCUUGGUGCUUAUGGGGAGAAAGCUCCAAUAUGAAGGGAAGCCUCGCGCUGUGGACUCUGAGGAGACAGGACAGGGUGGGAACAGCCCCCUGAAUCGAACUAUGGUGCAACAAGGAAUUGUGGUUGCAAAGGAGAGAUGAGACAAGCCAUUCCUUGGGCAUCUGCCCGGACUCCGGGGGGGAGAGGGCACGAGAACUGAGCAUUCCUGGAGGAGGCAAGGGUGCCUGUGCUGUGGGCAAGAUCUAGAGCCUGCUAACUAAAGGACAAUGUUGAAACAGAGCUUUAUCAAAAUUAUUGCUGGUCUGUGUGAUCACUGUUGGUAAUUAAUAUUAUUAUUAUUAUUGUUUCCGUAUUCA